AUGGACGAAACAUUUCAAACCUUUAAUAGAGUCCUUUGUUUUGCUGGAAUUUCUUUUUUCUCUAAAACCAAUCAAUUAUCAAAGAGAUGGUUGUUAUUUCAAAUUUUCAAUUUCAUUCUUGGUUUUUUAACGGUCGCUUUCACCUCUGGAUUUAUGAUAGUUCAUUUUAAUAAUAUGCUUCUCUUUAUCCAAGGCGCUUGUAUUUGGACGACUGGCGUGAUUAUGUUCACUUCUUUAGGAGUAUGUUUGCUAUUUCGAGGAAAAUUCCUGAUCUUUCUUAACGAGAUGGUUUUCAAAGAUUCUGUAUUAGAUAUGCCUUUGAUUGUUUAUGCUUUGGAAAGUAAUAGAACUGGUCGAUUGAGAGAAUUGAAAGAUUUAGUUCUAGAGUCUGAAGAAAAGUUUCUAAGAUUUGCAAGAGUUUUGUUAAAAACAUACAUUAUCAUUGCAACAGUCUGCGUAACGCUUUAUUUGUGCUGUGCCAUUUAUCAGAUGAUCAAUUCGAAUGAUAAUACUUUAAGAUUGUUAGCUUUUGAUAUGUGGUUCCCUUGGAGUUUAGAAAACUUCUACGUGUACGUGGCUACAUUUAUAUUUCACGCUUAUGCUGGUUACUUAUGUUGUAUUGCAAAUCCUGGCCUACAAUCUACAAUAAUACUUUUAGUAGGUCAAACGAUACGCCAGUUAAGGAUCAUUACGUUUAUUUUACAAAAUUUGAAUGAACUGUCAAUAGAGUUGGCAGAUAACAAGGAGAACUGGCAAUACUGUUGCACUGAAAUUUUAUCAGAAUGUUUCAAACAUUAUGUUAAAAUAAAAAGAUUUACAAACCGUCUCAAUGUUGUAUGUCGGCCAUUUUAUCUGACGUUAAUACUCGUUGCAAUGAUGCUAGUUUGUAUGUGUACUGUGAAAAUAGCUAUUUCCAGCAAAUUUUCUGCAGACACAAUGAAAUAUUAUGUACACAACCUUUAUUUUAUUCUUGCUGUUUUAAUGAUAUGCUUACUUGGCCAACAAGUAGAAAAUGAGUGUGAAAAUUUGGAAUCGGCAGUCACAGAGAAAUGGUAUCUAUUUGAUAGAAAACAUAAAACUAGCGUUUUAAUUUUCAAAAUGGCUGUUAGUAAAGGAAUGCCGAUUUACAUUUUCGGAUCAAUUACAAUAUCAUUACCAACUUUUACUUGGUUUGUUAAAACUGGCAUGUCAUUUUUCACAUUAGUGAUGUCAGUAUUAGAAGGAUGA